AGAAGUCGAGAGACACUGCGACGCGCCUGUGUGUUUUGUGACGGCGAUAUUCGUAAAUCAAUGUGGUCGUACCCGCCGACGGCGAGGCAAUUAGCCGUAACUGGCGGCAUGUUUGUCGUCGGUGCUUCGUUGUUCGGCGCCGGAGCUUACCUUUCGUACGUUAACGUUGCUCCUCAGCAGGCUCGCGUGAAAGAACGCAGUGAAGUGAUGAGGAAUUAUCUCAGGAAGCGCCUCGGGGAUUGAUGCAUCGGUCAAAAGGGCAGUAGAUGGAAGUGGAUUGUGAUGAUUUGUGAAUAAUUGAAAUGGGGUUUUGAGAACCUAAUUGAAGGGAAUAGAGGUUUGUGUACUCGUAGAUAUGAAUUAGGCUCACUCUUCAGUGAAGGAGUGUUCUAUUUUGUCUCUGGAAUUUGUUUUAGUUAACUUUAGGAUCUGUCUAGUUGAUAUGUAAUGUAACCACUAAACCUCAAGGAUUGGUCGGGGGUUAGCCUGUUGGUGAAAGUUUGAGACUUAAGAGUGUGUUUUUCUUAAGGUCCUCCUAGGUGCUAACAAUUUCUGUAUUGGAUCAGUUCAUCUAGAGUUUUAUACUGACUUUAAAUAAGUCUCCGUAAGUGGAUGGUAGGAUUGGUCUCUCUCGGAUUAGUCGGUCUUAGGCCGCGAGAUUUCAAAAAAAAAAAUGUAAAUGGUUUAAAAGUAUUAUGAGUAUUUAUUAGUUUAAACUUUAAAUAAGAUGAGAAAGCUUGCUGACCCUCCUAUAGUUUAUGGAAUUUGGAUUGCCUGGCAUCGGCAAUCUCUGCAUUCACGUAGUUGGCAUUUCAGUGGCGUUAGAUUGAAAUUGUCUGGUUCAAAUUUCAAUGCAAUUUUGAUUUAAAAAAAAAUAAAAAAAUCAAGCUUGAAAUCAGGAUCAUCUGGUCUCGUCUUGAAUCUAUCGGCCUCCAAUAUGUGGAAUAUGUUAAUGUGGAGAUUACCAACUACAGGCAACCUGAAUUUAUGAUGCUGUGUAUAAACUCCCAAAGAGAGCCUUAGUCUAUAACUGAAAACUUUGGCUCUCACGGUGAAAAGUCACGAACGUUGAGCUGAAGCCUACACCAUCAGCAUUUCAAACUUACGGUGAAAAGAACAUUGGACAUGCGGUAGUAAUGUUUCACCUCGUUACCAAACAUAGCAUAGUCUCUGGAAGCUGGAGCCUUUGAAUGUGUAUGUGUGGAAUAAUUUUUCAAAUUUGAUAGGAUUGUCUGUUACGAUUCUGCAACUCAUUAUCUUUUAACCUCUACCUAAUCUUAGCUUAAAUCUUGAUUUUGACAGCAUUGGUUUAAACAUCUCUUCUUUAACUAUUUGUUCAUCCUCACUACGUAGCUCGUGGGAGAAAAACAUAUUUUUGGUUACCUUCAACAUAUAUUACAGGAAAAAAGACACUAGCUUGAUUUUAACAAUAUUUUGAUCUCCUUCAAGAUUACCAUACAUAAAUAUUGUCAAAUGAAAUAGGCAGAUACUGCGGCAAGGCAUGUUUAGCAGUAUGUGAGAUAUGAACACAAUAAGAGAAGUGUAUAGUUAAAAUCUGCAUAUGAUGUUGGCCAUCUAGUUUGCUUGAGUUUGACUGCCCUGAGUUUAGCAGAUAUAAAAGAACAUCUAGUUUGCUUGACUUUCUUGCGCUUGCACUUCCUUAUAUUCGUACCCUCUUGUGUCUGGUUCUCAGCUAACCUUGAGUUUAUAUUUAUGAAACACAGACACAGACACUAAAUACGACACAAAUACUGAUAUGCUGACACUGAUACAUGUGUCGGUGUCAGACACUGUCACAUGUUGGACACCGAACACAUCUUUAUUCUGAGAUGUCCGUGCUACUAAUUGCAAACUUGUUAUAAAGACAAACUUUCACAAUGUAGCUAAUAACAUUUGAAUUCAGUUAAUUUCCUUUUAUGCCUUUUGUAUUUUUCUCUCUUGUGUGCUAGCUUGUAGAUAAACUAAGCAAACAAUGGGUCAGUUUCUGCAUCCCUUAGAUUGGUACCACUACUAGUGUCAAUGUCAUGCACUCUUCUCUUUUUCUUUUUCCUUCAGCAAUUGUUAAGUGUCAGCAUACUGGUCCAAUACCAGUUCAAUUCUCAUCAAAUUCACUAUUAUUGCAACAUUAUUCCUCCUCUGUCAUCAACAACUUCUUCAUCAGUUGCUUUGUUGUCGUCAUUACUUCCCUCCUUAUCUAGAAUUAACUAUUUCUAUCAGUAAGUUGUUGGUUGCACAUAAACUUUGAUGACUUUAAAGCCUCUGCCAUCUUCAAUACAAAUUUAAACAUCAAUGCACUAUUGAGUAGUUUCAAUGCACGAGCAAGUGAUAUAGAAAUUCAGUACCACAUGCAUUUGAAGCCUCCAACACUUGCAACCAAAUUUGCUAUAUCUUAAGAUUUUGUUUAGCAAGAAAGUGCAUGGGAAGAUUUUGAAAAAUAAGGGAAAGAAUGAACUAAAAAGAAUGUAUGUUUUUUGGUCCAGUAGUCUUAUGGUUGGAAUUUAUUUUCCCUCUU